AUGCAUAUCAACAGUUCUUUCAAAGACAUUCUGAUACCUGCACUUCUGUUGUUCUCUAAUUUGAGCGAAGCAUGUUGGGGCAACAUCACCUGCAGUGGGCCACUUGAGGCGUCUUUUCCUGGCCCCUGGGAGAAGUAUAUGUACUCACCCGCGGCUCGCGUGGUAUCCCCCAAACGGAUUCUCAAUGCAAAUAAUGAUCUCGUGAAAGUGUACUCUGGUGCUAGCUAUCUUGCGGGCAAUGGGUCUCUACUUGUCUUUGACUUCGAUCAAGAAGUUGGGGGUUUAGUGACCAUCAACUUUGAGACAUUGGGACAAGGUGUCGUUGGGCUUGCUUUCACGGAAGCCAAGAACUUCACUGGAUUUGUCUCGGAUGAAAGUAACGGUGGCUCUGGCCCUGAUGGUGCGCUUCUUAUUGAUGUUUCAUCCAAUCAGUGGAAAGAAGGAAGCUAUACUACGCCUCUGAGUAAGCUUCGCGGAGGCUUUCGAUAUCUCAGCGUGUUUACGCUCACAAAUAGCACCACUUUUAAUGUUACCCUGAACACUGUCAAUGUUGAGCUUGAUUUUCAGCCAUCGUGGCCAAACUUGAGAGCUUAUGGAGGUUAUUUUCAUUCCAGCGACAUCUUGCUCAACCAGAUCUGGUACGCUUGUGCGUAUACAUUGCAGACAAACAGCAUCCCGCCCGAUACUGGUCGAGUCUGGCCUGCGCCUUCUGAAGGGUGGCUUAAUGACGCCAAUCUGGGCCCUGGUGACAGUGUCCUAGUGGACGGAGCCAAACGGGACCGAGCUGUUUGGGCCGGGGAUUUAGGCAUUUCUAUCCCCAGUGCUCUUGUUGGACUUGGCGACCUCCAAGCUAGCAAGAAUGCGCUUAAUAUACUUUACCUCAACCAGGAGCCAAGUACAGGAGAGUUGCCAGAAGUCGGUCCACCAAUCAAUUUCUUUGGAUCUGAUACCUACCACAUGGCAGCAAUGAUAGCAACGCACGAUUAUGUUUUGUACAGCAACGACCUUGCUUAUCUCGAAUCAAUUUGGCCGAAUUAUACGCAGGCAAUGGCUUUCAUAACUGCCAAAAUUGAUGACACAGGACUACUCAAUGUUACCGGAGCAUCGGGCUGGGGGCGAUCCGCCACUGCAGCAGGGUAUAGCACUAUCGGGAACAUGCUUAUGUAUGGAACGUUCAGAUCUGGCUCCAGCCUUGCAACAUGGCUCAAACAGCCACAAUUGUCAGCCAAAUGGGAUCAGAUGGCAUCGAAGCUAAAGGCCGUCGUUAAUUCUGCAAACUACAAUUGGGAUCCUGCAGUUGGAGCUUUCAAAAAUAAUCCGAUGGAUAAUACAAUAUUCCCCGAAGAUGGAAAUAGUAUGGCUUUAUUUUUCAACGGCGCCAACUCAUCCCACCUUACCAAAACGAGCGAUUAUCUCACCGCGAACUGGGGACCUAUUGGCGCAAGGGUCCCUGAAUGUCCUGGUAGUAUAUCUCCAUACGUGGAAAGCUACGAAAUCAAGGGUCAUCUAAAAGCUGGCAAGGCAAAGCGUGCCCUGGAUUUAAUGCGUCUCAGCUGGGGAUGGUAUCUGAAAAACCCAAUGGGCACUGGGAGCUCCAUGAUCGAGGGUUAUAACGAAGAUGGAUCAUUUCUCUAUACUGCAAAUGAAGGUUAUGACGGAGUCGGCUCUUACCCAUCUCAUGCGCACGGAUGGAGUACUGGUCCAGUUGAUGCUUUGGUUUCGUAUGUUGUCGGCCUUCAACCAUCUGCUCCGGGGGGAGCAGGCUGGACUCUGUCCCCCCAAACUGGAGACCUGGAAUUUGCUGAAGGUGGAUUCACAACUCCACUGGGCAAAUUUUCAGCCAGCUGGAAAACUGGACCUGCUGGGCUUACUAUCCAGUAG